AUGUCGGAGAGGGUCGACCGAGCUCACUUGCCCUUACGCACUCCUCACUUGAGAAAAUCACUCUCUGCUCUGCGAGAGUUUAAGAAGCGCACGCCCGGGGCACCAGUGCCUCCCGCGCCGGCAGCAGCGGCAGCGCCCCAGACGCCCCUCGUCAACGGAGGACCAGACCAGUCCCCCUCGGCGGCCUCGUCCAAGUCAGAGCCGUACCGCACACUGCCACUCGUGCAGCCGUCCGCCAAGGCGCGCUCCGACAUGGGGAUCGGUAGCAUCUCGCACCUGAAGAUGCAAGACGAUCACAUCUCGGGCGACAAGCAGCCUCAGUUAGCGCCACACAGCCAGGCCCUGGCGGCCAAGGCCAAGCACGACGAGCUGGUCAUGAAGCAAAAGGUGACCGGCUCCCUGCAACAAAUAACACAGACACAACAGUCUCUCACAACCGCCACCCAGCAGCACCAGGCGCCCGUCAGCAAGCAAUACAACAGCCCGCAAGCACUCUAUUCCCCCGAGAACGUGCAGGAGGUGCUUCGGCAACAGACCUCGCCCACGCACGUCCCCACCCUCAAGCCGACUGUUUCUCCCGCUGCUGCUGACGCUGCGAAAGCCCUAAGAAAAGUGAGGCAAGUGUACCACUAAAUUUUACGUUCAUGU